UGCCACCCUCGCCGCCCUCGCCGCCCUCGCCGCCCGCAUCGCCAUCGCCGCCCGCAUCUCCAUCGCCGCCGUCAGCGCCGCCCUCGCCGCCCUCGCCGCCCUCGCCGCCCGCAUCUCCAUCGCCGCCGUCAGCGCCACCCUCGCCGCCCUCGCCACCCUCGCCGCCCGUUUCUCCAUCGCCGCCGUCAGCGCCACCCUCGCCGCCCUCACCGCCCUCGCCGCCCGCAUCUCCAUCGCCGCCCUCAGCGCCACCCUCGCCGCCCUCGCCGCCGUCGCCGCCCGCAUCACCAUCGCCGCCGUCAGCGCCACCCUCGCCGCCCUCACCGCCCUCGCCGCCCGCAUCUCCAUCGCCGCCGUCAGUGCCACCCUCGCCGCCCUCGCCGCCCUCGCCGCCCGCAUCUCCAUCGCCGCCGUCAGCGCCACCCUCGCCGCCCUCGCCGCCGUCGCCGCCCACAUCACCAUCGCCGCCAGCAGCGCCGCCCUCGCCGCCCUCACCGCCCUCGCCGCCCGCAUCUCCAUCGCCGCCGACAGUGCCACCCUCGCCGCCCUCGCCGCCCUCGGCGCCCGCAUCUCCAUCGCCGCCGUCAGCGCCGCCCUCGCCGCCCUCGCCGCCAUCCGCGCCGCCCUCGCCGCCCUCGCCGCCCGCAUCUCCAUCGCCGCCAUCAGCGCCGCCCUCGCCGCCCUCGCCGCCCGCAUCUCCAUCGCCGCCAUCAGCGCCGCCCUCGCCGCCCUCGCCGCCCGCAACACCAUAGCCGCCAACAGCGCCGCCCUCGACACCCUCGCCGCCCGCAACUCCAUCGACGCCGUCAGCGCCACCCUCGACACCCGCAACGCCCGCACCGCCUACGUCGCCCUCACCGCCAGCAGCGCCAAC